AUGCACAGCCGCAAGCUGGCUCAGGGUGGCAUCAACCUGCCCCCCUUCCCCAGUGUUGGACAGACAGGACCCCAGGCGGCAGAUGAGCGUGUGGUUUGGCCGGGGUCUCAGGUCAGUGCAAUGUCCUGGAUGGAGUCGCUCUGGCCGCGGACACUGCAACAGCUGCAGCUGGAGCAAGUGCGGCAGCAGUGGCAGCAGGGGCCUGUGGCACAGGCGCUUAUGUGGCAGCUGCUGCAUCAGCGACGGCUGCUGCAGCUUCCUAUGAAUGCGCAAGCUGCAUCGAUCCUGGCCAGCGUUGGCGGGGGCAGCUGCGGCCCCACGAGCUCGCGCUUCUACGUUGAGUCAUCAGUCACCGCCAUCACGGCAAUCGCUGCUGCGUCGUCCGCCACCUCUGUUGCCCAAGCAUGCGGUGCAUCGGUGUCUGUGGCGGUGGCCGUCUCGGCGUCUUCGGCGGGGUCCCAGGCGACAGCGGCCGCAUCAGCCGCCACCUCUGCCGGCUCCAGCACUGCAGCCGCCGCAGCCACCGCGGCCGGCAAUGGCGCCUCCGCAGCCGCAUCGGCAAGUGCGUCUUCGAACUGCGGCGGAGCUGUGUCAGCGUCUGUGUCCGUCUCUGUCGCUGUCGCUGUGUCUGCCUCUACUGCGGUCAGCACCGGCAAGGCCACGGGCGGGCUGCCUGCUUCUGCGCCGCCAGUGUCUGCCGCCCCCGCUCCGCCUGUCCCAGGACUGCCCCCAGGGGUGGUGGAGUUGCACCCGGCGGCGGGCCCAUUGGCGGCUCGCCGCCCCCCGCAGGAUUUGGGGGGUCCCCACCACCGGCUGGGGGUGCUGCCACUCCGCCAGCACCAGGGGGAGGCCUUGUGGCCGGGGGACCCCCACCAGGUGCACCUGCACGCCCCGGGGGGUCCCCGCCCCCGGCAGGAGCCGGGGGAUCCCCCCCACCGGCGGGCGGCGGCGCCGUCAACCCGCCACCGCCAGGGGGAGGCCUCUUUGCAACGGGGGGGCCCCCACCGAGUGCAUCCGGCGGCACACCCCCUCCCCCACCAUCCGGCGGUGGUGCCGCCAGUCCCCCACCCGGUGCGCUGCGGCCUCUGGCUUGUGCUUCUUCCAUGGAAUUACUAUGCCUUUGCCGCCGGCAAUCCACCUCCUGGCGGCGCAGCCUUCCCCUGA